AUGGACUGUACUAAUGAGUUGGAAAUGCAAGAACCGAGCAUUGAGACGGAUAAGCUAAGCUACGAAAUCUUCUCCAUCCUCGAAAGCAAGUUCCUCUUCGGCUACGACGAUCCGAAGCUCUGGUUCCCCAAACAAAUACCCCCCAAGCCGGAAUCUCAAACCCCGGCGAACGUCACCGCCGCAGACGACGUCUCCGCCGUCAAGAACCAGCGCGGCAAGAUAUGCAUUCUCGCCAUCGACGGCGGCGGCAUGCGCGGGAUUCUCCCCGGAAAAGCCCUCGCUUACUUGGAAGCCGCUCUGAAGAAGAAAUCGGGCGACCAGAACGCCACCAUCGCGGACUACUUCGACGUGGCCGCCGGCGCCGGCGUAGGUGGCAUCUUUACAGCGAUGCUCUUCGCGACUAAGGACCACCGGAGGCCGAUUUUCGCCGCCGACGACACUUGGCGGUUUCUCGCAGAGAAAGGAAACAAGUUCUACCGCGCGGGCGGCGGCGGCGGGGGGUUCCUGAAGAGGUUGCUUUCCGGCGGGUCCGGUUCGGUGGCGACGGCGACGGCCGGUUUGGAGAAGGCUGUGAAGGAAGCGUUCACGGCGGAGAAGGGUGGGAGUUUGACGCUGAAGGACACGCUGAAACCGGUUUUGAUUCCGUGCUACGACUUAUCGAGUACGGCGCCGUUUUUGUUCUCACGUGCGGACGCGUUGGAAACGGAUAGCUUCGACUUCCGGUUAUGGGAGGUGUGUCGAGCAACUUCGGCCGAACCGGGUUUGUUCGAACCGGUUCAGAUGCGGUCCGUAGACGGUCAGACAAAGUGCGUAGCAGUGGACGGAGGGUUGGCGAUGAGUAACCCAACGGGCGCAGCAAUCACGCACGUGCUGCACAACAAGCAAGAGUUUCCGUUCGUGCGAGGCGUGGAGGACCUUCUGGUUCUGUCCCUCGGAACAGGUCAACUCUUGGAGGUGAGUUACGACUUUGACCGCGUCAAAAGAUGGAAGGCCAAGGAUUGGGCCCGGCCCAUGGCCCGCAUUUCUGGCGACGGCUCCUCCGACCUCGUCGACCAGGCCGUCGCCAUGGCCUUUGGUCAUAACCGCAGCACCAAUUACGCCCGCAUUCAGGCAAAUGGGUCGAGUAUGGGGCGUUGUGGACCCAAUGUGGAUACAGAUUCAAGUCCCGGCAACGUAAAGAUGCUGGUUGGAAUAGCAGAGGAGAUGUUGAAGCAAGAGAAUGUAGAGUCAGUGUUGUUUGGAGGAAAGAGAAUUGGGGAGCAGAGUAACUUCGAGAAACUUGACUGGUUUGCAGGAGAACUUGUCCAGGAGCAUCAGAGGAGGAGCUGCAGAAUAGCUCCCACUGUUGCUUUCAAGCAAGCUACCCCAAAAGCGACUUAG